UGUAACAAAUACUUGUCAACCACAAUGUCGAAAUGCGGUAUUGAAUUUAUAUCAAAAUCGUUUGGGACGAACCCUUCUACGAACUGAUAUUUCGUGUAUUCCUGGUAGAUAUGAAUUAGAAUUGUGUAAUUUAAUUCCAAAAAAAUUACCAGUUUAUUGUAAUUUGGCAAAAUUAGCCUGUGAAGCUGAUUUAAUGUGCAGUUCACGAUAUAAUAUCUUUACAUCGGAAUGUGAAAAUGAAGCAGCACAUGGUGAUUGCAGUCAACGAUGUCAUGAACUUUUAAGUGAUACAUUAAAAACACAACAAGGUGGCGCAUUUAUUGAUUGCACCUGUACUGAUAAGGAUGAUAAACUUUGUCAACAUCUAAAACAUGUCAUACUAAAAUCUUGCAUGAUG